CUUUUGCAAACCAAUCCUAAGAGGCUGCCAGAGCUCAGAGGUCCCUGGGUCCCUGCAGCGGCAGUCUGAUCCUGGAACAGAUUGGCACAGCUGGCUCCGAUGACUCUGAGAGGAACACGGAAAUGCGGUCUCCGCAGUUGGCUCUGUUAGACUCGCCUUAUGGUGCAGACAGAGAACAUCCUCAGGAGGAAGAUGAGGAAGGGCAGACUGAAGAGCUUCUUUGCCCAGAUCUUCUCAGGAUGGCAACAGAAAAACUGAAGAACAGCAAAAUCAUCUUUGUGGUGGGUGGGCCCGGCUCAGGGAAAGGGACCCAAUGUGAGAAGAUUGUCCAGAAGUAUGGCUACACCCACCUGUCCACUGGUGACCUCCUGAGGGCAGAGGUCAACUCUGGCUCGGAGAGAGGCAAGAAGCUCUCUGCCAUCAUGGAGAAGGGAGAGCUGGUGCCCCUGGACACGGUGCUUGAUAUGCUGCGAGACGCCAUGGUGGCCAAGGCAGAUGUCUCCAAGGGGUUCCUGAUUGACGGCUACCCCCGAGAGGUGAAGCAAGGCGUGGAGUUUGAGAAGAAGAUCAGCCCCCCAACGCUGCUGCUCUACGUGGAUGCAGGGAAGGACACCAUGGUCAAGCGUUUGUUGAAACGGGGUGAGACCAGCGGGCGGGUGGAUGACAAUGAGGAAACGAUCAAGAAGCGCCUGGACACUUACUACAAGGCCACUGAGCCGGUCAUCGCAUUCUACGAGAAAAGUGGGAUCGUCCGGAAGCUGAAUGCAGAAGGCUCUGUGGACGACGUGUUCAUACAGGUCUGCACUCAUCUGGAUGCCCUGAAGUAAAGCACGAAAGGGACCCCACACCUCUAACCCCUUCCCACCCAGAGAGAACAUCACACUCUUCCCACCCCCAGAGCCUGAGUAUUCCCCUCACCCCCCUUCGAGCUCCAUGGCAGAGACAGCGGAAGUGGCUUUAUCCUGUUUUCCUGGACACAGCCCUGUGGAGGAAAUUUCAAGGACAUUGUGUCUGAGUCCUUCCCUUCUCGCCACAGUAAAAUUCACUUUAAUGAGCCCAGGCUUUAUCUUUAUCUUCUGCAACAGGAAGUGAGUUUUGCUUUCCAGAUACCCCCUCGCCCCCCCCCGCCCUGAGGUUGAUUAAAGGCAGGAAGUGGCCUGUUUAUCCCACUCCAUGGCAUCAGCAGGAGGAGAGGGGAAUCUGCUCCUGCACGGAGGGGGAGGAUUCUCUGACAGCGCAGGCAACUUGCUCCCUCUUUUGAGCAGAGGAUGCAGUUGAGAGUCUUAAAAUCUGCCUGGCACAAAGGGAAUUUGAAUCAAAUGCAGAGAAAACCCUAUUUGAGCCAGGGCUGGGCAAAAUCUCCCCCUUUGUGCCUGUAGAGCCAGACACCAACUAGUGUCACCACUGCUGAGCGCCCCCCACCCCAUCCACUCUCCAUGCAUAAUGUGAGCACAGGGAGAGAGCAGUCACCAAGCAGGGGAUGCCAUAGGGUGGGGCAGACUCCCCCAGGGGGUGUAUAAAAUCUAUUUCCUCCCCCCUCCACUCCCCACUGUGAUGCUGCCUGCACAAAGCCAGCAUCUGCCAGCAGAGUAGCCCAGCACUAGCAGCAGAGAGCCCAGGGUUUGGGGGGCGGGGGGGGGAAUCUUCUGCUGCUUUAGAACAUGAGGGAAUAGUCUCUCCAGGAGCCUGGAGUCCAGCUGCCCUGUACCUUUGUGUAGCUCUGUCUCCAGGGAAGGCGUUUGAGGCUGAAGUGCAUCUGUGCUGAAACCCCUCUCAGCUUGCUUUUUCCCAACUCUCCCAAGACUGUCUAGUGCUUUGGGUGAGUUACCAAAGGCCAGGGGCUCUGCCUGAGCCUAGGGGCUACCCCAAAAGGCUGUGAUGUGAACACUGUACCUCAUUUGGUCGCUGUCUUACUGUGCUUUUUAUGGCUCCCGUGCCCCGCACACACUCACGUUUCACACCUCCUCACACACACACAUUGUCUCCCACACACUCAUUGGUGGCAGCUCUUCUCUUUCUCAUUUUUUUUACAAUGGUUACAAACAAAAGUAUUUAUGAAUGAAAAGCAACAACUCCCCCCCACACCCCGAGUCUUAAAGGUGGCAUGUUGCCCCUGCUGCCCGAAUGUACACUGACAUAUCGUUAUUAAAGAGCAUGGCAGAAAAGUG